AUGCCCAUGGCCCGUUCGCCCCUGCAGACACCUGGCCUUCUGGGCUCUCUUGGCUCUUCACAGCCAGGGCCCCUCCCUGGCCCCUCCCCAGACUCCAGAUACACAGCCCCUUUCUCGGGGCUGACCCCUGCCUCUCCCGCAGUACCAGCCAGUGAUACCACCAACUCACCUCCAGCCUCUCAGGCUGAGACAUCUGCCAAACCCCAGGCCCCGCCUGCCCCAGCCCCCACCCUGAAGCCCAGUGUUCUCUUUGGAACGCUGAGCAGCCCACCUGCUAACCCUUCUGCCUCGGCAGCUCCUGCUGUGUCUUCAGCACAUCCCAUCUUCAAGCCCAUCUUUGUGGCUCCAUCUAAAAGUGGGAAGGAGGGUCCUGUGCCAUCCAGCCAUUCCCAAGUCACAACGGAGGCAUCUUCCAGCUCUGCCCACACCCCGACUACCAGCAGACUGCCCCUCACUUUCAGUCCUGUUUUUAGCAGCACAGGGCUACCUACAUCUGUGCCCUUGUCAACUCCUUCCUCCUUCAGUCAGACAACAACUUCAGGCACCAGCAUGAAUACCCCUCUGUUCCCUGGUCCGGCCAGGGUCAGUGUCCCCUCAGCAGUGGCUUGGGGGACCACCACCGGCACAGCCACAGACUCCGCCCGGAAGCCUGUCUUUGGCUCUGGUGUGAGCAGUGUGACCAGCACUGUGAGCAGCAUGACCAGCCCCACUGCUUCCACUGCCCAGCCUGUCCUCUUUGGGUUCCCCCUUGCCUCUGCUGCCAUCUGCCCAGCCAUGAGCUCCAUACUCCAGUUUGGCAGGCUGGCCACGCCUGCUCCAACAACAGUCGUCACCUUCAGCCAGUCCCUGCCCAGCGCCAUCCAGACAGCUGCUGGCAGCAGCACCGCCAGUUUCGAUGGCUUCAGUGGCACCCUCACGACCUCCGCCCCCAUCACCCGGAGCCAGCCUGCACUGACAUUUAGCAGCACUACCACCCCAGCCUUCAACAUUCCCUUUAGUUCUGGCACCAGGCCCCCCAUCCCAUCCUAUAUUGGAGUCACCCCACAGCACUCGUUCGGAGCCACUGACAGACAGCAGAUGUGGACUGAGCCAGCACUGGCCCCCAGCUUCGGCAGCUCCUUUCCUUUUAGAAGCUCAGCAGCCCUGGCCCCACCCCAGCCAGCCUUUGGCAGCACUGUGGUCAGGUUUUCGUGGGUUGAAACCCCCACCACCUCAGACUUUAAAGCUAUGACCCAGACCACCAACAGCGGUGGCAGCACAAACUCAUCACACUUCACAUCCAGGGUGUCAGCAGGCCCCGCUAGCAGUGGGGACUUUGGGAUGAGUGUGUCAGCCCCCCACAGUAGCUCCACCACUGGGGCAUUCGACUUUGUGCCAGGACAGAGUGGGAGAACUGGUGGCACGGCCCCAGUUCCAGAGUUGGGAGCAGGGAUAGCCACUCGGGGUCAGGACCUUGCAGGCACAGGAAUAAAGGCCCGAAGGCAGAGAUGA